AUGCCUGACGUUGAGCCUGUAAACGAAAAACUUGUCAAGAUCAGGAAGCUCUUUGACGAACCAAAGAUUCGAGCAUCUUCUGAAAGUACAAUCAGUGCUUAUUUAUUACCACGUACCGAUGCCCAUCAGAGCGAAUAUCUAGCAGAUCGUGAUUUACGAAUUCGUUUUAUUUCUGGAUUCUCUGGUACUAAUGCAUUUGUAAUUAUUAGUCGAAACGAAGCGUUGCUGUGGACUGAUGGUCGGUAUUUUAUUCAAGCAAAUAAAGAGUUGGAAUCCGGAUGGAAACUGAUGAAAGAAAGUGUCCCUAAUGCUUUGACUCCUUCUGAAUGGCUUGUCAAUAAUAUACCUGCAGGGUCGUCUGUUGCUUUCGACCCUAAAUUAUACGCAACCUUACAGGUUUAUAAUGUGAAAACUGUACCGUUGAAGGAAAACUUAGUUGAUAUGCUAUGGAGUGAUCGUCCCGCAGAAACUAUUAACCCGAUAAUUGCUCUCAGUCCAUCUGAAUACGGCGUUGAGUCCUCAGAGAAAGUCAAAGAAGUUCGGGAGAAAAUUGCUUUGAAGAAGUGUCGUUGUGCUGUUUUUACUGCUCUGGAUGAUAUUGCCUGGCUUUUUAAUAUUCGCGGUGCCGAUAUCCCUUACAAUCCUGUAGUUUUUUCCAUUGUUGUUCUAACAGAGUCAAAUGUUCAUUUGUUUAUUGAUACAAGAAAACUUUCGGCGGAAUCAAGAAGACAUUUGGGGCUAGUUGUUAUUCAUGAAUAUAGUGAUGCUAUUGACUGGAUAAAGGAGUGGUACAAAAAAGAAUCGACAGAAAACCAGCAGUUGAAAAUUUACGUACCUAACUCGACAAAUUUUGAAAUUGGAUCUAUCUUUGAACAGCAGCACUGCGUCUAUGGUCCUUCAAUGAUUCAGGUGAUGAAGGCAGUCAAGAAUGAUACUGAAUUAAGGGGAAUGCGUAGCUCACAUAUUAUGGACAGUUCAGCAGUUGUACGGUUUUUAUGUUGGUUGGAUCAGAGAAUUAGUGGUUGUAACGACGUCACAGAAAUAGACGCUGCCGAAGCUAUCAGUAAAAUGCGCUUAGAAAUUCCUGGUUUUAUGGGACUAAGCUUUGAGACUAUUGCAGCUGUAGACGAGCACGCUGCUUUACCACAUUACAAAUUGACGGAGGAAAGCGGCAAAAGCAAAAUUACUCCAAACUGCAUCUUUCUGAUUGAUUCUGGAGGACAUUAUCGGUUUCACAAUGGGACCACAGAUGUCACUCGUACGGUUGCAUUUGGAUCUGCUGUUACUGAUAGUUUUAAAAGGAAUUUCACUCUCGUGUUGAAAGGACACAUUGCUACAGCCAAAAUGAUAUUUCCAGAUUCAAUUCAUGGAAUUCGCAUCGAUGUUAUUGCUCGUCAAUAUUUGUGGAAUGACGGUUUAGAUUUCGGUCACGGUGUUGGACACGGAGUCGGUCAUUUUUUAAAUGUUCACGAGGGACCAGCGGGAAUAGGUUUCCGACGUUACACAGCUGAUGGCGUACUGCACGAAAAGAUGGUGAUUACUAUAGAACCGGGCUAUUAUCUUGAAGAUCACUACGGAAUUCGGAUCGAAAAUUGUUACGAGGUUGUGAAAGCUUUGGGUCUGCGCUCUGGAGUUGAGAAUUUUUUAACUUUUACAUCGCUGACUUAUGUUCCCAUUCAAAAAUCCUUAAUGGUAAAGGAGCUCCUGACUAAAGAAGAGGUUGAAUGGAUUAAUCGGUACCACGAGACUUGUAUCGAUAAACUAGUUCCUGUUUUGGUGAAGUUUGGGUGGAAGGAGGAAGAAGAAUGGCUGAGAAAUGCUUGUAGUCCUCUGUGA